AUAAAGCUUGUUGUCGUGUUCGAAAAAGAUGUAUGUGAAAGCUGUGGACGCUAACGAAGGAUUCAAUCACGCGGAAGUGUUCGUUACGUCGCUGACCUUGAACACCUGACGAAAUUAAAUGGGCGUGAAUUGAACAGUAUGACCCCGAAUGCUCCCGGAUUUUCGGGAAGGAUCCGUUGAGUCUUCAAGGAGCAACGCGUUGUCGUCUGCGUUGCUGAUUUCUGGUUAUUUUUCACUAGUGACUGGUAGUGAUUCAACUUGUUUAGAACAAAGAUGGUGGACUAUAGCAAAUGGAAAGAUAUUGAGGUGUCGGACGACGAGGAUGACACCCACCCCAACAUCGACACGCCCUCGCUGUUCAAAUGGCGCCACGAGGCCCGCGUUCAGCGCACCAAGGAACACGAGGAGGAAAAGCAGAAACUCGCCUCGCAAAAGAACCAGUAUGUAAAGCAAUUGGAAGAUGCAAGGGCAAAGGUACAGAAGGCCGAAAAAGAAGGAUCCCCUAACCUGGAUAGCCUGAAGAAAUCACUCGCAGAAAUUGAGAGCAAGACUGAGAACAUCAAGAAGGAAUGGGCGGAAUUCGAGAAAAAGGAGAAGCUGAUGCCGUGGAAUGUGGACACGAUCUCCAGCGAUGGCUUCUCCAAGACGGUCAUCAACGCGAAGCCGAAGCGGAAGGACGAGGACAUGACUGAAGAGGAGAGGGAGGAGCGCAUGCGCAACUUCAUCAAGAAGUACGAGAAGGACAUCAAGAAGUACGGCAUGCUGCGGAAGUACGACGAUAGCAAGCGCUUCCUGCAGGACAACAUGCACCUGGCCUGUGAGGACACUGCCAACUAUCUGGUCAUUUGGGCCAUCAACCUAGAAAUGGAGGAGAAACACAGUCUGAUGGAGCACGUGGCCCACCAGUGUAUCUGCAUGAACUACAUCCUGGAGUUGGGCAAACAGAUGGAUGUCGAUCCCAAGGCCUGCGUGUCGUCCUUCUUCACAAAGAUCCAGGUUGCCGACCAGGACUACAAGAAGGCGUUCGAUACCGAGGUGGAGGCGUUCAAGUCGCGUAUCCGCACGCGCGCCAAGCAGAAGGUGGACGAGGCGAUGAAGGAAUACGAGGAGGAGGAGCGUCAGAAGCGGCUCGGUCCCGGCGGGCUGGACCCCGCUGAGGUGUUCGAGUCCCUCCCAGAGGCGCUGCAGAAGUGCUUCGAGACCCAGGACACCGAACUCCUCCAGAAGACCAUCUCUGAGAUGGACGAGGAUGAGGCGCGGUACCACAUGAAGCGCUGCGUCGACUCCGGCCUCUGGGUGGCAGACGCCAAGGCGGCAGAGGCCGAGAAGGCUGCCAAGGAGGCGGCAGAGGCAGCAGCAAAGGGUGCUGCGGCAGCAGAGCCCGUCUACGAUGAGGUGAAAGGUGCCGCGAAGUCAGACAAGUGAGUGAUGGCAGUGUGUGAGCGAGGACUGGCGGCGGUGUGCCAACUACAAGUUAAUGCUCCGGUCGCGAGAUGGCAGUGCGAUCGUGCGCCGGCGGCAUCCCAUCGACCGGCUGAGCUGUGUUUACGUCGCACGCACGCGGCUUCCGCGUGUGGCCGAACUUAUCGGGACGUCCAGCCCGAGCACGGGGCGGGGCGCUGUCACCGAGGUCUGUCGCAGAGAGGCGGCUGGAGGACCGGAGCAGCUGAGCGCCCCGCGGACCAGGGGCGAACCAGUGAUGACCACGGCCGUCUCGAGUCAGCGGUGGGGAGGGACGGGAGGGAGGGGUGGUCUCGACGGAUAACUCGUAUGACGUGCUUACGUCGGGCGCUGAGAGACGAAGUGGUGUGCUUUUGUGGCAAUCGAUGUGGGCCAGGAGAAAUACAGCCCCGAGUGCCGACGGACGGCUUCGUUUCAGCUGAUCUAAGGGCCAAAAAGUGCCGGCCGUAUACACGGUCCGGUGUUGCAGUCUGUGUAAUGAUUGCUCCCGCUGUGUGUACGCACGAGUGACAGUGAAGCGUAAUACACAAUCAAAAACAGCGUACUAUUAUGGCCUUCAAGAAGCUAAUUGCCUACCGCUGAUUGCUUUCGUGCGUUCUUUCUGACUGCGGCUGGCAUAAUAGUUCCGGCCCGCCUAUGUUGAUGACCGUACGAUAUCGCGUGUCUUUAGAAGUCACGCAUCACUGGCUGCAAAUGAACAGUAGUGUGUGUCAGUUCCUGGACGGAACAAUAACGUGCAUAUCGUGGAUUCCUUUCCUAUAUGGACGCUAUGAGCCGGACCCAAUAUCGCAGUGGCGCGCGUUAUUCGCGUGAGGAGCCUCGCCUCCAGGCCGGAUGCCCGUUCACCCGCCCCGCCUUCUUUAUUGCACAGUAUAGGCGUGAUUUUCUUAUUGCUAUGUCCACCGUGCUGGUUUGCUGAAGACGGACAACUCUGUGCCCUAGGCCCCUUUACUAUUCGCUGUUCGACUUGAUAAGCAAUGCUCCCGCUCUUUACAAUUCGCUGUUCGACUUGAUUUGCAAUGCUCCGUAUUAUAUGAAAGUUUGUCAUGCAUUUUGCUUUGCUUUGGGAAAUCGAACAAUAAAUCACCGUUAAAACAA